AGAAAGCUUAGACUUCACACUUUUUUCUUUUGGCGCAACGAAACUCCGAUUGAAAUCAUCAAAUUCUAGGCGUUUCUUAAUACUUAUUCUAAAAUAGAAAAAUUUCUUAAAAAUCAAUGAUCCUUGUAGCUUUAUGAAAGAGUUUCUUUUCUGUUUCUUUACCAUGAUAGCUGAAAUCUUAGAGAUAUGUGUAUAUGAAACUUUCGAUAAUAUUUAUUUUUAAUUUCUUUUCUUUCAAGUUUUCAAACGUCAUUUAGAACACCUUUUAACUAUAAUUACUCAAUAAAAAUAUACGAGAAAUAAGUUUUAAAUGCGUACAAUUCUCUAGUAAAAAUAUCAUGACUACCAUUUCAAAUUUACAUUCUUUAUCAAAUAUUCACCUUGAUUCAUCAGAUCAAUCACCCUCAAGAAUCAGUUUAUGUGUAACAGGAAAAUAAUAAUCGUUGCAGUAAUCGUUGCCGUCGUCAUCAUAGUUGGCUUGAUAAUUGGUUUGGCUGUUAUUGCAAGCAGUAAAAACAGACAAACAUUCGCAGAUGACAUGACGUUUGGACCUCAGAUCAUCUGGAAUCCAGAUCCAGAAAUAAUCGCAGGUGGUAACGGAGACGGUAGCAGAUCGGAUCAGUUGAGCUUUCCUUACGGAUACUAUAUCACAAAAAGUGGAUAUGUUUACGCAUGUGAUUGCGGUAACAACAGGAUACAACGAUAUGCAGCAAAUGCGCUCGCGGGUGAAACAGUUGUAGGCGGGCAAAGUUCAGAAUCCGCUCAAUUGGAUUGUCCAACAAGUGUUUAUGUGGAUGAAAAUCAAGGCUUGUAUGUACUGGACACACACAAAUAUCGUGUUCUUUAUUGGCCAUAUAAUUCGACAAAUUGGACAAGGAUAUACGGCGGUCGAAAUGGUAAUAUGACAAAUCAGUUAUAUGCCAAUCAAAUAGGCCUUAGUUAUAGUAUGACAUUUGACAGCAGCAAUCGUAGCUUUUAUUUAGCGGAAUCUUACGCAAAUAUUCGUUCGCGAGUGACAAAAUGGAUAGUGAACGGCACAUCAGGGGUUGUUGUUGCCGGAUUUUAUGGUCAAGGGGCCGGCUCUAAUGAACUAAAUAAUCCCUAUGGCACUUUUAUAGAUGAGAACGGUACACUUUUUGUAGCUGAUACAUAUAACCAUCGAGUGCAAAAAUGGCCCAAAAACACCGUAAGUGCAACUACAAUUGCCGGCGGACAGAGAGCAGGCACAAAUGCUUCUCAACUAAGCUUGCCGACGUCAGUUGCCCUCGAUAAAUACGGCAAUUUAUAUGUUCUCGACGCCGGGAAUUCACGGGGGUUUUAA